AAUAAUAUGGUUGUUACUGGUGUUAGAUUUAUCAAGCAACAUAAAAUACUUUAUACUCAAAUUCAACAGGGACAGUUGAUGACUGGAGGUUGGAUAAAUCAGUCAACUGUCCACUGGAGACCAGUUGAUAUUGACAAAACUAAACAGAAUAAUUUAACAAAUACAAAUGAUGAUGAUGAUGAUUUAAUUGUAAUUAAUCAAGAUGAUUUAAUGAUCAAUUUAAAUGAUGUUUAUUGUCCUCAAGAAGACUACGCUGUAACAGGUGUUGGAUUGGGAAUAAGUAAAAUUUAUAAAAAUGAAAAUCGAAUUGUUCUUUUUAUAAAAUGCCAUAAAAUAAUUUUUCAAACUGGUAAACUUUUUGAAAAUAGUACUGGAAUUAUCGAGGAUAAUAUAAAACAUGAGAAAAAUAUACAAAUUGGUCAUUUACAUCCAGAUGUUGUCCAAAAAAAUCAUCAUCAAAAUUUUAUAAACGAUGGAUAUGUAAAAAUUAAUGUAGCCCGAAAUCAACUGGUACCUUUUUUCGAUAACAGUAAUGUUACAAGUUCAACAAGUAUUCCAAUAUCUGGUGUUGGUCUUUAUCAUAAUGGUACUGAUUUUUCUGGUGGCCUAUUAUUUUUUCAAUUAUACUCUUUGGAUUAUUCACUUGUAAUGAAUUUUUAUUUUACAAAUUAAUU